AUGGCCCCUCUUCCGUCGGGGCGAAUCCUCCUCUCCUUCCCUCCAUCCCUCGAGCGGCAUGUCUGCGCGCACUGUCACGCACAAGCACGCACUCAGCAGCGCCUCUCACACUCGCAACUUACAGCUUUCUCUCUCUCCGCACUGAAUGAGAACAAGGAGGGCGCCCGGGAACACUGCGACAAAGCGCUUUUUGGUUGGAAUAAGGGACUUGGAGCCACGAUCGGACGAGGUCUGCCCCUGUAA